AUGUGGAUCUGGUCGAUUGACAAGAUAUCCUUCAAUUUUUGGGCUGGCGGGAUCUUGUUGCCUACAGGGCCGGAUGAAGGGGUGGACUACGGUCCUCUUAGAAUUAAUAAAGAGAAGGAAAUGGUUCUAGCUGACAUGUACACUAAACUUGGAAUUCCAUGGGGGUACUGCCCCAAAGUGACUCUAAAAAGAGUUUCGAAUAUUCUAAAAAAUGAAUUUUCUUUUUGGUACAAUCUAAAAAAUGAAUUUAACUUGGUAAUGAAUGCAAACUUUAUGACACCGCUUGGUUGCCUGGCCUUUGUCAAGGUCCCGGGUUUAGUGGAUGAUUGUGACCAGGAGGCUGCCAUUUGGUUGAACGAACUCUUAUUGAGUGCUCCCAAAGAGUUCAGGGUCGGGUUGAUGCACUUCUAUUUUGCUGGAUCUGAGGCCGAUGCCCACAGUUUUAUAAGGCUUUGUUUGCAAAGGAACCAUGUUCAAGGCCCAAGACAAUUUUGGAUGGGAGCGUUGUACGGGUGGGCAACAUUCAACCUUCAUAUUCAACAGAGGGAAACGACGGGGGAUUAUUACCAUGGGUUUUCCUCCACACGCCGGCCACGGGAUGUGGCGAGUGAGUUUGAAGUUCAGGCCAUGCCAACAUUUGUGUUACUAAAGCGAGGGAAAGUAGUUGAGAGGGUCAUUGGAGCUAAGAAAGAUGAACUGCAGAACAAGAUUAUCAAGCACAGGGAAGCUCCUAAAUUUGCUGCCUGA